AUGUCAAAGAAGGGCACCAGCAGCAGAGUUAAGGGAGAGAGACCUGAUACACCAGCUUCCUUACAGGCUGCGAAUGAAGACCUGAGGGCCAAACUCACGGAUAUUCAGAUAGAGCUCCAGCAGGAAAAGAGUAAGGUAAGCAAGCUUGAACGAGAGAAAAAUCAGGAAAUCCGCCAAAUUCGAGAACACGAACAACAUAAAAACAUUGUUCUUGUGACAGAGCUAAAGGCCAAACUUCAUGAGGAGAAAAUGAAGGAGCUCCAAGCCGUCCGGGAAGCCCUAUUGAGGCAACAUGAGUCGGAACUGAUCCGGGUUAUUAAAAUUAAAGAUAAUGAAAAUCAGAGGCUGCAAGCUGUGGUGAAUGCUCUGAGAGAUGCGGCCCCGGACAAAGUGAAGACCGUUCUUUAUAACGAGGCAAAGGAAGAAGUCAAAAAAACUUUUGAGUUUGAGAAAAUCAAAAUGCAACAAGAGAUUUUUGAGCUCAAAGGAGCCAAAAAACAAGUGGAGGAGGCAUUGACUGUGGUUAUUCAAGCUGAUAAAAUGAAGGCUGCGGAAAUUAGGAGUGUGUAUCAUUUACAUCAAGAGGAGAUCUCCAAAAUCAAAAAGGAAUGCGAGAAAGAAAUCCGGAGAUUGAUGGAUGCAAUUAAAUUGAAAGACAGAUCAGUCUGCUUGUUGGAAAAAGAGUUAGGUGUUCAAUCCGGGCAUGCUCAAAGACUGCAGCUCCAAAAGGAGGCUUUAGAUGAACAACUUGUCCAGUUCAAAGAGUCUGACCGUCAUCUAAGUAGCCCAAAGAGAGAACUUCCUUGUGCAAGUGGUGCAGGAGAAGCUUCUGAUCAUUCCGGAAGCCCUGAACAGCAGUUGGAUGAAAAGGAUGCUCGCCGCUUUCAACUGAAAAUUGCAGAAUUAAGUGCGAUUAUCCGUAAAUUAGAAGACCGCAAUGCUUUGCUCUCAGAGGAGAGGAAUGAACUGCUUAAACGCCUCAGAGAAGCAGAAAGUCAAUAUAAACCUAUCCUAGACAAAAAUAAACGCCUUAGCCGGAAAAAUGAGGAAAUGUCUAAUUCACUGCGACGUAUGGAAAACAAAUUAAAGUUUUUAACACAAGAAAACAUAGAAAUGAGACAAAAGGUUCGUACUAUAAGAAGACCAAGCUCUUUGAAUGAUCUUGACCAAAGCCGAGAAGAGAGGGAAAUCGACUUUCUAAGGCUACACCUUAAUGAACAGCAAAUUAUUAUUGAUGAACUUUCUAAGACGCUGGAAACUGCAGGCUACGUGAAGAGUGUCAUUGACCGAGAAAAGCUUUUAAGAUUUAGGAAGCAACGGAAAAAAAUGACUAAACUCCCUAAGCCGGUGGUGGAAACAUUUUUUGGUUAUGAUGAAGAAGCAUCUCUGGAUUCUGAUGGUUCCUCAAUCUCCUACCAAACAGACCGCACUCCUUGUACCCCGGAUGAGGAUGUGGAAGAGGGCAUGGCUAAGGAAGAGACAGAGUUGAGAUUCCGUCAGCUGACCAUGGAAUACCAGGCUCUGCAGCGAGCGUAUGCUCUUCUACAGGAACAAGUUGGUGGGACUCUUGAUGCAGAACGAGAAGUUAAGACUCGAGAGCAGCUACAAGCAGAAAUCUUCAGCUAUCAAACAAGGAUAGAAGAUCUGGAGAAAGCAAUGUCUGAGCAGGGUCAGGACAUGAAAUGGAUAGAGGAGAAGCAGGCACUUUACAGACGAAACCAGGAACUCGUUGAUAAAAUCAAACAAAUGGAGACCGACGAAGCCAAGCUCAGACACGAUGUCCAAGAUGCGAAAGACCAAAAUGAACUGCUGGAGUUCAGGAUCCUAGAGCUGGAAGAAAGAGAAAGGAGGUCCCCCAACAUUAAUUUCCACCUCAUCCCCUUUCCGGAAGGGAAGAGCCCCCUCCAGGUUUAUUGUGAAGCUGAAGGGGUGACGGACAUCAUUGUUUGCGAGCUGAUGAAGAAGCUGGACAUUCUAGGGGAUAACGCCGUAAGUAACUUGACCAAUGAAGAGCAGGUGGUUAUAAUUCAAGCUAGAACGGUCCUAAACUUGGCUGAAAAGUGGCUCCAGCAAAUAGAGGUGACAGAGUCUGCUUUACAGCAGAAGAUGGUGGACAUUGAACAUGAGAAAGAACUGUUUACCAGACAGAAGGGAUAUUUGGAUGAAGAACUUGACUUCAGGAAACAAUCAUUGGAUCAGGCUCACAAGCACAUCUUGGAGCUAGAAGCCAUGUUAUUUGACGCCUUGCAGCAAGAGUCUGGAGCCAAGAUGUCUCAGCUUCUUUCAGAGGAAGAACAGGAUAAGCUGAAGUUUGCAGUGGAACAGUGGAAACGACAGGUCAUGAGCGAGCUCCGAGAAAGAGACGCACAAAUCCUGCGGGAACGAAUGGAGAUAAUUCAACAUGCACAGCAGAGAAUAAAGGAGCUCGAGGAGCGACUAGAAUUUCAGAAGAGACAAAUAAAGGAAUUAGAAGAAAAGUUUUUAUUUUUGUUUCUAUUUUUUUCUUUAGCUUUUAUAUUAUGGUCUUAG